UCCUAGAACAAUAGGAUUCAGAAUCAGCGGGAGCUACCCAAUCCAACUCCAGGUGGAAGUGAAUCCGCAACCUGAUUGGCCUGCGGGAGCAGCCAAUCAGGCGGCUGGCAGAAGUGAAUCUGCUACCUGAUUGGCCUGUAGGAGCAGCCAAUCAGGCUGCAGGCAGAAGUCAAUCCACAAUAUAAUUGGCCCACAGGUGUAGCCCUGAAGUAGCCAAUCACGCAAGGCCCAUUGUGUAAAUAAUGUAUAUAAGCAGAUGGUUGGGAAAAGAGCCAUUCGUCUUCUCUUCUUCUCCUUGAUGAAUAUGAGCUGAAUAAAGAGCAUGAAAUUCACUCUCGACUCCGAGUAUAUUUCACUGGCGACGAGGAUGGGAUCCUGCUGAGCUGACUGCCACCACGCACUGCACCGCAGCACCGCCACCUGCUGCACCGCUGCAUCGCACCGUGCAUCCAGGCUUCAGCUCCAGGACCCAAGGAACCCAGAAUGGCAACCGACAGCAGCUUCUUGCCAUUCAAACCAGCAUCAGGAGACUGGGAAGGGUACGCCGCCCGUUUCAACUUCCUCCUGCAAGCGAAAGAAGUCACCAACGAUGCCAUGAAGAGGGCGACAUUCUUCAGCGUCUGUGGAGAGGAGACGUUUGAAAUCGCCCGGGCUCUCCUUGCACCUAGAGAUGUCGCUACCGUCUCUUAUAAAACAAUAAUGGAACGGCUGAAGGAGCACUUUUCACCACAGCCCUCGGUGGUAGCUUGCCGAAAUGCCUUCUACGCAAAGCGGCAAGCCCCGGGGGAAACCAUAACUGGGUUUGUGACCUCCCUCCGCCAAGCCGCCCGGUUAUGCAACUUCUCAGAGUUGGAGAACAUGCUUCGUGACCGCCUCGUCGGUGGCCUGAGGGACGAGAUGUUGCAACGACGCCUCUACGCCAAAAAAGACCUCACGUUCCAGAUUGCUCUGGAGGAAGCCCUGGCAACCGAAGCCGCCGAGAGGUCAACGCAAGAGGCACGACCGGCCCCGCCAUCCCAACCGAGGGUCUACCACGAAGACCUCACCGACGAAUCCGAAUCUGACAGGGAGGAAGUACACCGAGUACAGCGGCGCACUCAAGCAGCACACACACCACAGCAGCCUCGACGAGAAGGAGGGAACUGUGCAAGCUGCGGGGAGAACCACGAGAGGAGGACCUGUCGUUUCCGCAACACAGAGUGCAGGCAGUGCAGAAAAUUGGGACACAUCGCCCGGGUGUGUCGGGCUCGACUCACCCGUCGACAAGCAUCAGAUGACCGACCCAGUAGCCCCAGGUCACACGGCACCAUGCACCAAGGCAACUCGACGGAGAUCACGGACUACCAGGUAUUCCAGUUGCCCCAUCCCAGCACAGAGAAAAUUUAUAUAGAGGUACAGAUAGAGGGAGCCCCAUGCCGCAUGGAGCUGGACACGGGUUCAACUCUAUCCAUAAUCUCGGCCCGAACAUUAAGGGAACUGUGCCCUAAUGGGGGUCCCAAACUAAGGCCGGCCCCAUUCACCCUCCGGGACUUCCAGAAACGUAAGGUCCCUACAAUGGGGGUGGGGACCUUCAGGGUGCAAUAUCGAGGGCGAAAGCAACAAUUGGACUUGCUGGUAGUUAAGGGCCCCUACGUUAGCUUACUGGGACUGGCAUGGUUUGGACCUCUGGGGCUAGCCGUUACCGGGGUGAACCGCACUAGCUUACAAGUGGACGUGGACGCCAUAUGCAAAGAGUUUCCAGGGGUUUUCGAUGGGGCAUUGGGACGAUAUACAGGACCCCCCAUUGCCCUACAGCUAGACCCCGCUGUACGACCCAUCAGGCACAAGGCCCGCCGGGUUCCGUUCGCCCUGAAACCCCGCAUAGACGAGGAAUUGGACCGGCUCGUGGAGCAAGGAGUGCUGGAGCCGGUGCCCAACGCCCCCUGGGAAACUCCAAUUGUCACACCCGUCAAGCCUAACGGUUCGGUCCGCAUCUGUGCAGACUACAAAUGCACCAUAAACAAGGCUCUCACGGCCCAUGCAUACCCAGUGCCAGUGGUCAGCCAUGUCCUCGCCACCCUGGCUGGGUCAAAAAUCUUUGGCAAACUGGACUUGGCCCAAGCGUAUCAACAGUUGCCUGUGGACGAAGCCACAGCAGAGGCUCAGACGAUUGUGACGCACAGAGGGGCAUUCAGAGUAAAGCGGCUGCAAUUUGGCGUUAGCGUGGCACCAGGCAUAUUCCAGAAUCUAAUGGACUCUCUCCUUAAAGGGAUUCCUGGCGUCACCCCCUUCUUCGAUGAUGUACUGAUCGCCGGGCCCACACCAGAGGAAUUUGAG